AGGCUGCGGGAGAGCGAGCCAGCACAGGAGGCGGGGAGGCGGCGGCCGCGCUCGCUCGCCUGCUCGCUCUCUUCCCGGCGCCUCUGCUGCUCCGCCGCCGCGCUGCCCGCUCGCCUGCCGCUCCCCUGCGCGCAGCCCGGGCAGCCGCGCACCGGCCGGGUCCCGGCUGGCUUCGGGAGCCGUGCGCGCCCGCGGACGCCGCGCGGUGGGCGAGCCGGCGCCACACCUGUGGAGCCGGCGGCCGUCGGGGGUGCCGGCCGGGGUCCCGCCGCGCGCGAGCUGUGGGCGGCGGGCCGCCCGGGCUCCGGGGGAGGCGCGCCCCCCGGCUGGGCGCCGCGGGCACCAUGGGGCUCCCCGCGCUGGAGUUCAGCGACUGCUGCCUCGACAGCCCGCACUUCCGAGAGACGCUCAAGUCGCACGAAGCGGAGCUGGACAAGACCAACAAAUUCAUCAAGGAACUCAUCAAGGACGGGAAGUCGCUCAUCACCGCGCUCAAGAAUUUGUCUUCAGCGAAGCGGAAGUUUGCAGAUUCCUUAAAUGAAUUUAAAUUUCAGUGCAUAGGAGAUGCAGAAACGGAUGAUGAGAUGUGUAUAGCAAGGUCUUUGCAGGAGUUUGCCACCGUCCUCAGGAAUCUGGAAGAUGAACGGAUACGGAUGAUCGAGAAUGCCAGUGAGGUGCUCAUCACUCCCUUGGAGAAGUUUCGAAAGGAGCAGAUCGGGGCUGCCAAGGAAGCCAAAAAGAAGUAUGACAAAGAGACAGAGAAGUAUUGUGGCAUCUUAGAAAAACACUUGAAUUUAUCUUCCAAAAAGAAAGAAUCUCAGCUGCAGGAGGCAGACAGCCAAGUGGAUCUGGUCCGGCAGCAUUUCUAUGAAGUGUCCCUGGAAUAUGUCUUCAAGGUGCAGGAGGUCCAAGAGAGAAAGAUGUUUGAGUUUGUGGAGCCUCUGCUGGCCUUCCUGCAAGGACUCUUCACUUUCUAUCACCACGGUUAUGAACUGGCCAAGGAUUUCGGCGACUUCAAGACACAGCUGACCAUCAGCAUACAGAACACGAGAAAUCGCUUUGAAGGCACCAGGUCAGAGGUGGAAUCACUGAUGAAAAAGAUGAAGGAGAAUCCCCUGGAGCACAAGACCAUCAGCCCCUACACCAUGGAAGGAUACCUCUACGUGCAGGAGAAACGUCACUUUGGGACUUCUUGGGUGAAGCACUACUGCACCUAUCAGCGGGAUUCCAAACAAAUCACUAUGGUGCCAUUUGACCAAAAGUCAGGAGGAAAGGGGGGAGAAGAUGAAUCAGUCACCCUCAAAUCCUGCACACGGCGGAAAACAGACUCUAUUGAGAAGAGGUUUUGCUUUGAUGUAGAAGCAGUAGACAGGCCAGGGGUUAUCACCAUGCAGGCAUUGUCAGAAGAGGACCGGAGGCUCUGGAUGGAAGCCAUGGAUGGCCGGGAACCUGUCUACAACUCGAACAAAGACAGUCAGAGCGAAGGGACUGCGCAGUUGGACACCGUUGGCUUCAGCAUAAUCAGGAAAUGCAUCCAUGCUGUGGAGACCAGAGGGAUCAAUGAGCAAGGGCUGUACCGAAUCGUGGGGGUCAACUCCAGAGUGCAGAAAUUGCUGAGCGUCCUGAUGGACCCCAAGACGGCUUCCGAGACAGAAACCGAUAUCUGUGCUGAAUGGGAGAUAAAGACCAUCACUAGUGCUCUGAAGACCUACCUGAGAAUGCUUCCAGGACCACUCAUGAUGUACCAAUUUCAAAGAAGUUUCAUCAAAGCAGCAAAGCUAGAGAACCAGGAAUCUCGGAUCUCUGAAAUCCACAGCCUUGUUCAUCGGCUCCCAGAGAAAAAUCGGCAGAUGUUACAGCUGCUCAUGAACCACUUGGCAAACGUUGCUAACAACCACAAGCAGAAUUUGAUGACGGUGGCAAACCUUGGCGUAGUGUUUGGACCCACUCUGCUGCGGCCUCAGGAGGAGACGGUGGCCGCCAUCAUGGACAUCAAAUUUCAGAACAUCGUCAUCGAGAUCCUGAUAGAAAACCACGAAAAGAUUUUUAACACCGUGCCUGAUGCGCCUCUCACCAACGCCCAGCUGCACCUGUCUCGGAAGAAGAGCAGCGACUCCAAGCCCCCGUCCUGCAGCGAGAGACCCCUGACGCUGUUCCACGCUGUGCAGUCCACAGAGAAACAAGAGCAAAGGAACAGCAUCAUCAAUUCCAGUUUGGAAUCUGUCUCAUCAAACCCAAACAGCAUCCUUAAUUCCAGCAGCAGCUUACAGCCCAACAUGAACUCCAGCGACCCAGACCUGGAUGUGGUCAAACCCACCCGGCCCAACUCACUCCCCCCGAAUCCAAGCCCAACUUCACCCCUCUCGCCAUCCUGGCCCAUGUUCUCGGCACCAUCCAGCCCUAUGCCCACCUCAUCCACGUCCGGCGACUCAUCCCCCGCCAGGUCUGUUGCAGGGUUUGUUUGGUUUUCUGUUGCUGCUGUUGUUCUCUCAUUGGCUUGGUCCUCUCUUCAUGCAGUGUUCAGCCUGCUCGUCAACUUUGUUCCCUGCCAUCCAAACCUGCACUUGCUUUUUGACAGGCCAGAAGCAGCGGUUCGUGAGGACUCCAGGACUCAGCCGUGCUCCCAGCCUGCUUCUGUCUGUGUGUCAGGAACCCCGAGCUCUCAUGGGAGCGGGCACCACCGCUUUCCGAGGCACGCCGUUCCGGAAGGCGAAAGCCUUGUACGCCUGCAAAGCUGAACAUGACUCAGAACUUUCGUUCACAGCGGGCACCGUCUUCGAUAACGUUCGCCCGUCUCAGGAGCCCGGCUGGUUGGAGGGGACUCUGAACGGAAAGACCGGCCUCAUCCCGGAGAACUACGUGGAGUUCCUCUAACCGUGGGCCCCAGCGGGACUGCUAAGCUUUACGUGGUAUCCAUGACAACUGCUGAUUCCGGCGUCGUCGGCCAUUUCCCUCUGCCACUGAGAAGGGCGGUGGCGUGACUGACUCCCCGUUGCUGCCCGCCGGCACGCACUGCGUCUCUGUGAACUUUGGUGUCGCCCAUCCCCACCGUCACCUCAGCCCACCCCCGGCGACGCGGCGCGAAACAGAAGUCAAUCAGCAGAGGAGGCCGCGUGGUUGUGACAACCGAGAGAGAGGCUUGCGAAGCCACUCUCUCACGGGUGCCCUAACCAGGGAGCACUCAUUUUGUUUCAGCGGUGGCCCAGAGCCCCGGCCUUGCGGAAGAGGAAGUGGGGUUGAGCAGUAGUUCCCGAGAGCACAGGCGGAGGCAGGGCUGGGCGAAGGCACUGGCACGGAGGCCCCGUGCGGGCCCAUUGCUUUUGUUUACGGUAGACGCUCUCUCUACCCCACCUCUAGAUACUUGAGACCCACGGCGCGCCAGGCGGCCGGGUCUGUCUGUGUGCACGCUGGGUGAAGAGGGGCCACCGCGGUGUUUGCGUAAGAUCCGAUCUCUCACCAUCUCCGCAGCUGCCGGGUCCAGGCCUCUCAUGCAUGGGGGAGCACCCCCUCGCCCCACCCCGCUUCCUCCUCCCCGCUAGGCUAGGAACUUCUCUGCCACUUCGGGCUGCUGCCGUUGUCGCCUGGUAACCACGGCAACCCAACCUACUCUCAAACCAAAAAAAAAAAAAAAAUACUCUCUUCGCAUGACACAUUUUUUUCAACCCCCUUUUGGUAGUUUUUAUUAAAAGGUUUUCCAACAACACGAAGCAGAAAAAUCAAGGAAUUAGGGUGGUCUACUUGGGGCAGACAGGAUAGCAGCUGGGAACUGUUCCCUUUCUGAUGAAUUUCAGCAGCAUCGGGAUAUGUUUGGAGCAAACUCUAGUAACCUCUUGAGAUUCAACCACAUACGGGCUUAAUAUUUCUGUUCUUCCGUGCAACUGGUGUUUGCUUUCUAGAGGGUAAGAUGCCACCUCCCUGUGGGUGACUCGGUCCCUUUAUCUAGCAGGCUUCCCCAUGUCCCGUGUUCACUCACCCCUGCCCCUGCCCGCCUCCAAGCCACCAUUGACCAGCCCCCUCGCCCCGCUCCAGGCCGCUGAGCACCAGUGGGUGCCCUGGUGGUGUUCAAGGAUAAUUCCCGGGCUAACCCCACCACCUAUAGUUUAAAGGACAUGUAUGUUCACUGCCACUCAGAAAAAGGGAAUUCUCAGCCUUUCAAGGCAUGAGACUCAUAUAAGCUGUUGUGAUUCAGGAAGACACCGGAAGGUCGGGGCCUGGAGGGUGGGAUGGGUACCUUCUAAGAAAGGGAAUUCUCUGGUCCAAAGGGUCUGUGUCUCGGGAAGACUGCCUCGGGUGUGGAUGUCCGUGCCUAGACGUUUCGAAUUCACCCGGCUUCCAAAGAGCAGAGUCAUCAGUCAUCUUCCACAUGUGACUGUCCUUGUGAGAGUGACUCUGGACAAACUGCGGCCGAUGGGACCGCCGAGCUCCCCGGGAGCCCCUCGGACGGCAGCGUUGCUCCGGAGAGUGUUUCCUGCUUCCGGAAUUCCUCGUGAGGGAACUUCAAAGAAGAAAAGAAAAACUUGAAUUGUGUUGAAUUACUGUAUCUUUUACAUUUUUUUUUUUUUGGAAAAGAUGAACUUGUAAAUAGAGUGAUUUGAAAUACUAUAUGGCAAAGUUUUAUAUUUGAUAUUCUUUAAGCUGGUUGCUCCACACAUUUAGGCUUUGAUUGGUGGACAGUGGGUUUGAAAGGGGGGGAGAGGAGGCAAGGUUGAAGAGAGUCAAGGUCUCUGUCCCCUCCUUGGCCUGGAGGAGGACGCCGUUCCUGUGUUCGCUCUCUCUCGGUUCUUGCUGGUGGGUGUGACGGAUGGAUGGUGUUCAGUCUUUAUGCACGUGUGGUUUUGAUCCCUCCUUGGGCUUUGGAUUUGGAGAUGGAAAGAGCAUCAUCAGGCAGUGAGUUUUCCAGAAAACUCCUACUUAGUAAGAUGAAGCUCAGGAUCUCAGUAGGUGGGGCCAGGGUUAGAUUUUUUAGUUUUUCUUCUCAGGUGUAUUUCUUGGCAACCCCACAAGGUCAGGACAGAAGGAGAUGGAACGAUCGUUGUGCUCCUCGCUUCUUUUCUCCACAUCUUCUAAGGCUUUAUAAAUGACAGCAAGCUAGCCUGCAAAUUCUGUGUGCAUCUGUAAGUUCUAAAAAAAUAAUAAUAAUAAUAACUAGCUCCUUAUAAUCUUUAGUUCUUGAUCUGCUGCUGCUUCCUCUUUUCCUAGACAUGCUUAUGCCUUUCCCUUCCACCUCCGGCUUCCCUGGAACCCCCAGAUAAGAAACAGUCUCCGAGAGGAAUGUACACAUGGUGCCAUUACACCUUUAAAGGUGGCUCUGGAGUUAUCAGGGGUUCCGCGCUGUGAUUCACUGUUCAGUUUCUCAGCCCGAGGGGUCGGCAGCUGUUAUGCAGGAGCUCACCCAGGGGCAGGCAGCCUGCUACCCUUGAAUCAGGGAACAAGAAUGAAGAAGGGGCAAGACCAAGAUAGGACUCCAGGAACCUGUCACUGAGAACCCAAGAAGAAAGGAGAUACACUAACAGGGUGGGCCUCUCCCUCUGCACUUGGGAGCAGCAGACUGGGGCAUGGGGACCGAGGGGACGAGCAUUCCUGUACCGCUGUGCUUCCAGUUCAGAGGGAGCACAACAGGCUUUUAACACACUUGACGUUUUCGGUUGUCAUCAGCCCCAUCAGAAGCCUACCUGGAGCUCACGGAGAGGAAUAGAAGGCCGACAUCCUUGCUUUGGGAGCUUCCUCGCCGAAGCACACCUGCGCACACUUGGCCCCCGCGUGACUCCCCGGAGGCACCUCCCUCCCUCCCGAGUUAGCCCUGAUUUGAAGCCAGAAGGAAACAGAGCUGCCACCAAUGGGAUCUUUUAGAUAGACUCCUUCGCAGCUUCCCUGUUGGCCAUGCUGGGCCUGUGACAGGUGGCUGCUCUGUCUCCCUUUGCCCAGCCAAGCUCCCCUCCUCCCACUAGCUACAGAACUGGAGAAAACCGUUCAGAAUAUGAGCCAACAAGUCGGAAGAACUUGAAGCCUAAAAAUAGAUUUUACCCCCUCCACAAUCCCCACCCCCACCCCUCACGCUCUCUGCUUGAAUAGGGAACUUUGGGGCAGAGUAGGAGAAUGAAUUGGGUCUCAGGGGGAAAGACCAUUUCCCAAGAGCCUCGAGUUUCCUUUGCUAGGCCCUGGGAUCAGGUAGCCAGAGCCGGAAUCUUUUAGGGAUAGUAAGAUCAGUCUCUCCUGUAGAUUGCCCACAGAAUUCCGUGGCUAGAGAAUGCCAUGCCAUGCAAAGAUAGCUGGCUUCAUAUCCCUGCCCCCAAGCAAGUAAAACUGUGACUUGCUCAAGACUAAAAAGGUAAUCUCUCCUGUUUUGGAAAUUAACACACAGGAUGGACCCUGUACAGUGCAGCUGUCCUUGGUAUCCUAGAAUUGGAGCCAGUUUUCGGCUCAGUGUGUUUAGUAUUUCUACAGCCAAUAUGUGUUUUCUUACGUCAGACCAAACCAUCUUUUUCAAUGUCAUUUCAGUUCAUCUCUUUUUGCUGAGUGCUUUUUGGGCAGAGAGGCAAAGAGAGAGAGAGAGAGAGAGAAUGAGCAGUCAAGCCCUGCCAGACUAGCAUCGGUAGGACAGAGCCAUGCUAGUGACAGGGUCACUUCAGGCACUUGCGCAGGACUCCAGAGUUGUGCGUGCUGUACCUGUGGCUUGAGGGAAAGUUUUUCUAUCAACUGGGCUCGCGUCUCCUGAAAGUGGCAGCUCCAGCCACACGAAAAGUUGUGUCUUGACGACAGAGGCCCCCAAAGCAUCCAUGAUUGAGGGGUAGGGAAGCAAACAGAAGCAGCCCAAAAUGAUCUGAUUCAUGGCUGUCUAGUGGCACCUUUCAUCUCUGGCUUCUGCUUCCAAAAGCAAGUCUGGUUCACCGAGUUUUGCAGACAUGGGACUCCCAGGUACACCAGUGGCCACAAUGGCACCCAGAGUUUGCCCUGGUAGCGAGUGUGUUAUGAGUUGACCCAAUUACCCAAGUAGGCAGCCAGGAUUGAGGAAACCAACAGCCUCUAAGCUGCCUGACUUUAAAAGGAAUGUCCUAGCUGCUCUCUGUCUAGGGAGUUACCUGUCAUCUCUGGCAAACCUGACAAUAAUCAGUUACCUCGACAACCCUGCCCCACGUCCCUUUUGAAGUUAGCAGGGUGUCCUCUCACACACCCCGUGCUGGUGUUUAAAAAAUGCGUCUUGUCGUGCUCACUGUGUUUGACAGCCACGCCGAUCUGCUGGGUGCUGCACCACUUCUCUGUAAUUGUAGCAUCAAAAUGACAACAGCGGCAGAGCAGUGAACCUUGCACAAUCCCACGGCAUGCCUGAGAUAAGACUCCAACAAGUAAUAAUUAACUUUUCCCUUUUGCCGCCUACAUCACUUGUCUAAGUAAAGAGCUUCCCAGAGUGGAGGGAGAGGCCAUAUAGAGAAUCCAGAUGUCACUCAGAGCCAGUCCUUGCUGGGAUGUGGUCUUCAAAUAGAAGCACCUGUAUUCUUGGGAGAAAAAGUGUUGGAUGUAAAGUAACACCGGGACCCCAGAGAAAGAGAAAGGUGAACCAUACUGAUGAAAUUUGGAUUUUUUUUUUAGAGAGGGAUCAAUAGUAUUCUUUAAUAAGGAGAAAAAACAACUCAGAAAAAAAAUUGCAACUAAUAUUUUUGCACAAGUUUUGCAGGAUAUUAUGCAAUGAAAACAUCUCUCAAGGUGAAGUGCUUGAGACAAUAAAGACUUAACACAGUCCUAGACCUGUGUAAGGGUAGCAAAUGCUGUUGUGUCAAAAUUCGCUUUAGUGUAGUCAGUGAGAACCACAGUGUUAAUAAGCAAGAUGUCAGAGUUACCUGGAGGAGUCCCAGAGAGGCUAAGGCACUGUGCACCGUUCUACAUCAACGACUUCAACAUAGUCGUCCAGACACACGUUGACAAGCAGCUUUCUUGGGUAUCCAGAUACCAGAACCAACCUUGUAUCUGAAAGUAUACAUUGGUGAUUCUAAAGUAUAUAUGUAUUCGUAUGUGUUUGUGUGUGUGUACAGCACAUAUUUACAUAAAGACAAAGACUUGUAGAGAGGCCCGCAUGAGCUGGCAGUCGAUGAGCCUUUGUAGCCUUUAAGAUCUGGAGGUUGGGAAUUAGGGAAAUGAGAGAGGCUGUUGAUUGCCUAUCAAAAUGAUCAAAGAUGUAAAUUAAGUGCCAUUUUAAAACUGUGUUCAUAUUUAUGGAAUGGUUUACUAUCUGCGGCUACGUUCCCUGUUAACUUAUUUAAAGUCAUGUUGAAAAAAAUAUCAAACCCAUAAAUGCUUAGUAGGUAAUGCUAGGCUAGUGUUCAAAAGCACUCUAAAAGACAGCUUUGUCCAUAUUUUGGAAAAGAAAAUAUUUGCAUGUUUAAUUCAUAAUCUAGGCUACCUUUGAGUAUACUGUAAAGUGCUGUGUGAUAUAAUAUCAGUAAAGUACUUAUAAAAUGGCACUUUAAUGUUUUCUUUUAAAAAAUCAUAAAUAAUGCACUGUUUUAAACUUCAGUAUUAACUAUUGACUGGUGCAUAGAAUCCAAUUCCAUAAUUAAAAAGUAAUCUGUGACUAGAAUAGAACUUGUUCCCUGUUAUUAGAAAACAGUUUUGCCAUGUUCAGACUUUUUAAAAAAAAUGUGCUUUUGUGUCACUAAAUAUAUCUAUCUAUAAAGAAAAUACAGUUUCUGUUGAGUGACCUCUGAAACUUGGCUUUCUUACAUUUGGUUGGUUUAUGUGACAAUCGCCAUGAAAUGAGUGGAAGUAUGAUUUUGAAUUAAAUGAUUUUUCCAUUUGGUGGUA